AUGAACGCCAUGCCCAAGCAAUCGUACAAUCUGCCAAGGUUGACAGCGUUUGCCAACAAAGUGGCGGCUGUGGACUCAGAAGAACACGAGGAGGUUGGGACAGUCGAGACUCCAAGACUGGUGGCAACGGAGGUGGUCUCGAGCGAACCACUGUCCGCUGACGCCGACGUCGACGAAGAGAACUCACAUCACGAGGAACGUGACUGGAGCCAUGACUUGUGUGAAUGCUGCCUGAACAAGUCACAUUGCGCUUUGACAACCUUCUUCCCGUGGUGUAUGACCUGUCAUGAGUACAAACUGCAUGGGGAGGGCUGUGGGACACCCUUGUGCUUAUGUAUGAGCCUCCUUCCCUUGACUACACAAUACCGCACAAAACACCAUAUUCGGAUAUGUGUGCAUUUCUCAUCAUUCCAGGGUUCAAUAUGGAAGGACUGCUUGCUCUCGACGUUCUGCUGGCAGUGCCAGCUUUGUCGUCUUCACAGUGACUUUCUGUCAACGCAGCAGUCCAACUCACCGGACGUAGAGUCAGACGGAGAAUUACAGAGCUCAAGAAGUGGAGUCGUGGCCUUAGAUCACGAUUAA